GACAGAUUAUGGUUUGGAUAGAGGAGUGUGUGUUGUCAGUAGGAGUAAGUGGUUUUAAAGUAGAGAAAAGAGGAUUAUGUAUUUGUUUUUCUUUGCUUGAAAGAGAAGAUUCCAGAGAUAAGAGUAGUAUUGUUGAA